GCGCGUCGGGCGGCCGCCUAGGAACAUUCGGGCCGGCGCGGCUGGCAGUGCUCACAGCAGUGCCCACUUUCUAACAUGGCAGAUCAAUUUGUGUUGUACUAUCAUGUGACGGCGAAACGCUCCCGUUGAUAGGACCGUAACCUCCGUGCGAAGCGAUCGGUAGUCCCCCCGGUGAGCCCGCGAGUGCUGGACGCGCGGCGCGUUCGCGGUCGCGGUCAGAAAAACACCGUCCGUCGCGAUGGCGGACCUCAAGAGCCCGCCGUUCAGUGACAUCAAGCGGCCCGAGGAGGUGGUGGCGAUGGCGAUGAACGACAGCCUCAAGUUCGCCGUGCUGAUCGGCCUGAUCGAGGUGGGACAGGUGUCCAAUCGGGAGGUCGUCAACACCGUGCUGCACCUGGACUAUUUACCAUACUGCCACUUCCUGUUCGUAUCUGAAAAUGCCGAGGUACCGUACAGUGCAUGUGUGUAUAUACCACCGAAGCACUAAAGGUACGUAUAAUCGAGUCAAAAUGGAAUGCCGUUCUUCGGAUAUGACGCGGCGAGAAACGUGAGUGUGGUCAGUGUGGUCAGACGGUGACGGAGAGUUAUAUAACGAAAGGUCUCAGUCGAUGCUCUGUAAACAAACGUAGAAUGCAAAUAAAUCGUUUACCACACUA